AUGGAAUCGACGGAGGCCGCUUCAUCAUCAUCUGCUUGUAAAAUUUCGAAAGCAAGUGGUGCGAUUCCGAAAACAACAGUUACUAAGGAAAUUAACAGUCGCGUUAAAGGAAAACAGAUUGUGAAGCGAUUACUGUAUGGAAAUGUUGCUUGGCUUCUCAGUAAAAAGCAAGAUGCCGAUGAACGUACGCAUCAAUGGACUGUUUAUUUGAAACCUUAUGACAAUGAGGACUUGUCUGUUUUUAUCAAACGUGUUCAGUUCGUAUUACACGAUAGUUAUGCUCAACCAUAUCGCGUCUGUCACUGUCCUCCUUAUUCUGUCACAGAAACUGGAUGGGGUGAGUUUGAAAUUACAAUCAAAAUAUUUUUCCAGGAUAGUAAUGAACGGCCUGUGACGCUAUAUCAUUUCCUUAAGCUUUUUGAUCGCGACGAAGAUGGUCACAUCAAAUCGAAAGUACAAACUGUUAACUCCGAGUUAUACGAGGAGUUAAUUUUCACGGACCCAACUCAUAAAAUGUAUAAACUGUUGCUCAGUUCUUUGCCGAAGACAUCGGUGUUAAGUCGACAUCAAGUUGAAUAUGAGGAAAAGAAAGCCAGAGAUUUGCAAAAAAUUCUUAAAGGUAAAGAGGCAAUCAAGGAAUUAAUAGCGACUACAAAGCUUGAACUUGAAAGGGUAAAGCAGGACAUAUCGAAACUGAAAAUUUCCAUGCAGCAAAAUUCGUGA